CUCACACCGCCGCGAUUAUUGAGCUUUUAUACUAAAAACUCGGGCCUGAGCGUCUAAAACCCGAUUGCGGGCACACUGUGUAUUUUUUUACUAUAACAUUACAAUGUUGGUGGCAAUCAAUCCGUAAUUUUCUGUAUAUAUCGCGUAUUUCGCGUUGUAACAGUGGUACAUAAGUUUUCAAGGGAUUUUUUUGGUAAAAGUAUAAUAAAAGACACUACAACGGCGUCGACACGAGAUUCUAAGUAUAAAAAACAAAUGCAUUAUACGGCUGAUGCCGUAUGUAUCUUGAAAAGAGACGACGUUAAGUUAGAAUCAACGGAAUCCGAGGAUCAUUUUACGUACUCCGCCAGAACUCUACCAGCUCCUCCAGACAUCGAGAAGCGAUGUCUUUGCCAAGAGAGUUUAUUUUUAACCAGGAGCUGUCAAAGCUUGACGGCGAGAUCCUCGGUACGUCAGCACCGCCAUCGUCAGCUCCGUUAUCAUGCUCCAUCGACCUGCCUUCGGAGACCAUCGCGGAGGCCGCCCUGUCCCCGGACAAGGCGGGCUCCCUCAUGUCAGUGCAGUCAGCUCCGCCGGAGCAGCGUGAGCGUCCCGCCAGCCUGCUGCUAGAGCUGCCGCUCGCUACCCAAGUCGGCGCUUACUUGUCGGCGAUGUCGCCGACGGAGCAGGAGGAGGACUCGUUGCUGACGCUGUCGUCGGUGACGGCGCGGCCGCUGCUGGCCGCCUCGCGUCAGCUGCGCGGCCCCACAGACACCACCGACACCAGCCCUCCCGACGGCGGUUACGGCUGGGUGGUGGUCUUCGGCGCGUUCAUGGUGCAGUUCUGGGUAGCCGGCCUGUUCAAAUCCUACGGCGUUCUGUACGUGGAGAUCAUGGAGACGUUCCCCGACUCGUCUGAGUCGGUCGCGUCGUGGAUUCCCGCUGCGCUGUCCACGCUUUGCUUGGCAUUGGCUCCUCUCUCGUCGGCCCUCUGCGAGAAGUACUCCUGCCGGCUCGUGGUGUUCAUCGGAGGCCUGUUCUGUGCGACUGGUCUCGCGCUAUCCUACUUCAGCACUGGACUCCUCCAUCUGCUGCUCAGCUUUGGAGUUAUGACUGGAAUCGGUGGUGGCUUAUCAACUACACCUGGAAUAGUCAUCGUUUCCCAGUACUUUGAUAAGCACAGAGCGUUAGCCAACGGUAUAUGCGUGAGCGGGACGGCUGCGGGCAGUUUCGUGUUUCCCAUGCUGAUUGAGAAGCUGGUGGAUAUGUAUGGACUGCAUGGGACUGUACUUCUUCUGGGCGGAGGCAUGCUGCACGUGUGUGUGUCGGCGACGCUGUACCGCGCGCCGCCCGCCCCCCGCGAGCGCAGCCCCACCCCCGCCACCACCUCCACUGAGAACACCACGCUGCUGCAGGACAUACAGGAGUGUAAAAUGGAUUCCAAAGACUACCGCCUGCAGCGCCUCUUCGAACUGGACCCUGAGUCUGCCCUCAACCAGAAAAACGCCCUCCUCACUGAGGAAGCCAAGCGAACCAACCUCAUCACUGAGAUCAUCCAUCCUAGCCUUAUUGAAGUCGCUCGUCCACCCUUGCAGUCAAACUUGUCAGAUUCAGAAGACUCUGAAGUUAUGGAUGUCCUGGGUGUAGUUGGUCUGCCCAGGGAAGUCGCCAAGCUUCGUCUCCGACCAACCAGGUCUUCGUCCAUCCUGCACUCUGUGGAAGACCUGUCAACAGACAGCACCUGCGUUUACAAAGCGAGCAGGAGAAAACUCAGCAGGUCCCUCUACAUCCGGCCGCCGCUGCCCAGCCGGCUCAUCCAGAACAAGUUGGCAGAACCAGUCAUCAUCAAGCAGGAGCAGGAAGCGCAGAAGGUGGACGUCGUACAACCCAAGAAAGCAAAGAGAAGCUGCAUUGAGAAAAUAUCCAGGUACCUGGACGUCUCCUUGCUCAAAGACUGGCGGUUCGGCCUCCUAUGCGGUUCCGUGGCGCUUAUGUCCUGUGGUUCCCCCUAUGCUUUAUACUACCUGCCGGCGUACACCGUGGCUAAGGGACACAGCAAGUCUGCUGCAGGUCACCUGGUAGCCAUAAGUGCUGUGCUUGACCUCUGCGGCAGACUGGGACUCGGGUACCUCUGCGACCUGCAUCUCUUCUGCAGACGGAAGGCUUACAUCGUCAGUAUCCUAGUGGCCGGUAUAGCAGUUCUGACUCUUCCUAGCUUCACAUCCUGGUGGGCACUUGCGAUUGCUUCAGCGGCAUACGGAUUGUGCCUCGGCUGCUGGUUCCUCCUCGUACCAGUGCUAUUGGCCGACGCGUUCGGCACCGCUCGCAUCGCGUCGUCGUACGGACUCGUGCGAAUGUUCCAGAGCAUAGCGGCUGUGUCCGUGCCUCCUACAGCAGGUUAG